AUGACGACCAUGGAGAGCUUGAUUGGGCUGGUGAACCGAAUUCAGAGGGCUUGCACCGUGCUCGGUGACUAUGGUGGUGGUGACAACAACACCUUCUCUUCUCUCUGGGAAGCUCUUCCUUCCGUUGCUGUUGUUGGUGGCCAGAGUUCAGGGAAGUCUUCAGUUUUGGAGAGUAUUGUUGGUCGUGACUUUUUGCCUAGAGGAUCAGGGAUUGUCACAAGGCGUCCAUUGGUGUUGCAGCUUCAUAAAUUGGAAAGUGGGUCACAAGAGUAUGCCGAGUUUCUUCACCUGCCGAGGAGAAAGUUCACUGACUUUUCUUUGGUCCGCCAAGAAAUUCAGGAUGAAACUGAUAGAGUAACCGGGAAGACAAAACAAAUAUCUCCGAUUCCAAUUCAUCUUAGCAUCUAUUCACCAAAUGUUGUCAACCUAACCUUGAUUGAUUUACCUGGUUUGACUAAAGUGGCUGUAGAGGGACAACCUGAGAGUAUUGUUCAAGAAAUUGAAACUAUGGUUCGAACAUAUGUUGAAAAGCCUAAUUGCAUUAUAUUAGCAAUAUCUCCAGCCAAUCAAGACAUUGCAACUUCGGAUGCUAUAAAACUUUCUCGGGAAGUUGACCCCACAGGUGAAAGGACAUUUGGGGUGUUGACAAAGCUAGAUUUGAUGGACAAAGGAACUAAUGCUUUAGAUGUCAUCGAAGGAAGGUCUUAUCGUUUGCAACAUCCUUGGGUUGGUAUAGUAAAUCGAUCUCAAGCAGACAUCAAUAGAAAUGUUGAUAUGAUUGUUGCUAGACAUAAGGAGAGGGAGUAUUUUGCAUCCAGUUCUGAUUAUGGACACUUGGCCAAUAAAAUGGGUUCAGAAUACCUUGCAAAACUUCUCUCACAGCAUUUGGAGUCAGUAAUUAGGGCAAGAAUACCUAGUAUAACAUCUUUAAUAAACAAAAGCAUUGAGGAACUAGAAUCAGAGAUGGAUCAUCUUGGGAGGCCUAUUGCUCUUGAUGCUGGAGCUCAGUUAUACACCAUCCUAGAACUUUGUCGAGCAUUUGAACGGAUAUUCAAGGAGCAUUUAGAUGGAGGGUAA